GGGCCUUCCGAGCUCUCUCAAACAGCAAAGAGAGAAGCUUUGGCAGGAGGGAAACAGCCCUCUGCUUUUCUAGGCACCUUCUGUGCAUAGAUUUUAUAAUUUGUAUAUAUUUUCUGGUAAGUGCAGUACUGUGAGAACUUGUUUCAUUUAAAAUACCCUUACACAGCAAAUUGUACAGCCCACAUAGGGACAAAAGAAUGACUCAGCCUUUUAGGGAUGCUUUUCCUUUAGUUGCUAACAUCUGACCAGACCAUUAUGUAGUAUGAGAGUUGAAAUUUACCCAUUUUUCAUAAGACAGUUUGAGAGCUUGGUUGCCAGAAGGGGCCAGAGGGAAUGAUUCUGUCUUUCCAGAGCAGCAUGUAGCCCGCACUGGCUGCCACUCUGUUGCCUGUUGAGUCAUUCCCACAGUUCUGUAUAGAGCUUUUUUUUUUUUUUAUGUGAUGUUGGAGUGAGAAAGAAAGGGAGUUUUUCUCCCCAACACAGAAUAUCCACCACCCGAAAUUUGCAUUACUUUUCUUUUCUAACAAUAAAAUACUGCCCUCAGUCAUUCUGAGAGUUUUCUUUUUUAGUUGUCUCAGUGCUUUCAUUUAUCAUUUGUUUGAAUAUGGAAACAUUUAGGCAUUUGCUGGGCUGAGUUUAUAGCGAUAGGCUGUCAAGAUACAGGCCGAGAGUUAACCAGAAAGUUGAGGAUUUCUAGGUAAACAUAUAAACACGGAUUUCUAGUUUUUGGCUAUUUAAAAGUCAACUAAAUAUGCUAAAAAGCAUCUAAAUAUUCUUGUAAAUAUCAGUUAGUAAAAAAUACUGUGAAGGGAAUGAAUGAGCUUAUAAUUUUGGGUAAGUGAAAAUUGCUGUAAAAGGAUUUUAGUUUGUUUUUGUUUUUGCCAUGAAAGGUAAAGUGCCCAUGUUCAUUCUAAUUUAGAAGAUCCCGCGCUGUGGUAGGAAAAAAAGGAUUGAAAUUUCUUUAUCGGGAAAAGGCAAUUCAUCAGGAAAAGGAAAUUCUUAUGUAUUGGAACUGUUGUCUUAUGUGUUCCAUAUAUCCAGCAAGAUCAUAAAGCAUUUUAGAAAAGUCAAAUAACAUUAGUAAGCUGUCUAUACACAGAUCAUAUGUCUCACAUAGGAACAAGUCAGGGGUCUUAUUGGGGAUCGGCAGAUCUGAAAGACAGAUUACAGCUUUGGAAUGUAUUCAGAUGACUUUUUGAAACAGAUAUUUUAAUUGGAGUGGGGGUGGAGAAAUAGUUGAGCUUCUGUGGUUAAAUAUGCAACUUCCUCAGUCUGUUAUCUAUAAAUAUCACAUAGGAAAAACCCAUUGGAUCUCUUUUUCAGAAAACGAACUCACCAUACAUAUUUAUUUGGAUGUAUGUGUUUCUGUGUGCCUGUGCCUCAUCCCCACCUCCCGGUAGUGGGUCAGUAAUUGAGCUCUUUCUUUCACAGGAUUGAGGAUUGUGUUUAAUCUGUUGCUCUAUGCUGCAUAGCAGCAGAGUCCCUUAAACUAAGAUUGGGAACAGAACCUCAUCCUCUCUUUUUUAAAAGAGAAGGGGGGAAAAGCAGUUGAUGGCUUUUCUGAAGGUCUCUUUCUGUAUUCCUCUUUCCUUCCUCCCGCCCCCACCCCCCCAGACAAAUAGCAAGGGGAGGAGCUCCCUCACCCUUCUAACCACACUUCAUAUGUCUUGACUUAAGAGCUUUUUUUGGUUUCCUGUCGGCAGUAAUUCAACUCUGUGCCAUCUUGACUUGUCUGAAGGGUGCUGGAGAAGGGGAGUGAGUCCUCACAGUCUGAUUUGAGCACAAGGCAUGAGACUGGAUUUACGAAAGCGUCAGUAGUCUCUGAAGACAACAUCUUUCUUCUGCGACUGUGAAUUUUUUCAUUGUAUUUGUGGGCUGUUGUCUCUGAGAAGAAUCUGUCAUGACUCUACUGGAACCUGAGAUGUUAAUGAUGGCUGUGCAGUCCGUGCUGCAGUUGAAGCUCCAGCAGCGGCGGACGCGAGAAGAACUGGUGAGCCAAGGGAUCAUGCCGCCUUUGAAAAGUCCAGCUGCGUUUCACGAGCAGAGAAGGAGCUUGGAGCGGGCCAGGACAGAGGACUAUCUGAAACGCAAGAUUCGCUCCCGGCCAGAGAGAUCGGAGCUGGUCAGGAUGCACAUUUUGGAAGAGACCUCGGCGGAGCCUUCCCUGCAGGCCAAGCAGCUGAAGCUAAAGAGGGCCAGACUGGCCGACGACCUCAACGAGAAGAUUGCACAGAGGCCCGGCCCCAUGGAGCUGGUGGAGAAGAACAUCCUGCCUGUGGAGUCCAGCCUGAAGGAAGCCCUCAUCGUGGGCCAGGUGAACUACCCGAAGGUAGCGGACAGCUCUUCGUUCGAUGAGGACAGCAGCGAUGCCUUAUCCCCUGAGCAGCCUGCCAGCCAUGAGUCCCAGGGCUCAGUGCCAUCACCCCUGGAAGCCCGAGUCAGCGAGCCACUGCCCAGUGCCACCCCUGUACCCCCCACUCAGGUUGUGCCUCAACUCCCGGUGGGCCCAGAUGCUGGAGAAACGCUUUUCCUGGCGGAUCAGCCUCCUCUGCCCCCCAGCCUCGCCAACGGAACCGCGGUCCCCGCUGCCAAGCCCGCCCCCACGCUCAUUAAGCAAAGCCAACCCAAGUCUGCCGGUGAGAAGCUGCAGCGCAGCAAGAAAGCCAAGGAACUGAAGCCAAAGGUGAAGAAGCUCAAGUAUCACCAGUACAUCCCCCCGGACCAAAAGCAGGACAAGGGGGCGCCCCCCAUGGACUCCUCCUAUGCCAAGAUCCUGCAGCAGCAGCAGCUCUUCCUGCAGCUGCAGAUCCUCAACCAGCAGCAGCAGCAGCACUAUAACUACCAGACCAUCCUGCCGGCCCCGCCAAAGCCGGCGAGUGAGGCUGCGGCAAGCAGUGGGCCCGCCCCCAUGCGCAGCCUUUCCACUCCCAGCACCGGCUCCGGCUCGGGCGCCCCCGGGCCUGGUGGGCUCGCACGUCAGAACAGCACCUCACUAACUGGCAAACCGGGGUCCCUGCCUGCCAAUCUGGACGACAUGAAGGUGGCAGAGCUGAAGCAGGAGCUGAAGUUGCGGUCACUGCCCGUCUCAGGCACCAAGACAGACCUGAUUGAGCGCCUGCGUGCCUACCAAGAGCAAGUCAGCCCUGCCCCGGGAGCCUCCAAGGUCCCUGCUGCCACCUCCAUCCUGCCCAAGGCUGGCGAGGUCGUGGUGGCCUUCCCCGCGGCCCGACUGAGCACGGGGCCCGCCCUGGUGGCAGCAGGCCUGGCCCCAGCAGAGGUGGUGGUGGCCACCGUGACCAGCAACGGAGUGGUGAAAUUCGGCAGCACGGGUUCCACACCCCCCGUGUCUCCCACGCCCUCGGAGCGUUCGCUGCUCAGCACGGGCGACGAGAACUCCACGCCUGGGGACACCUUUGGUGAGAUGGUGACAUCUCCACUGACCCAGCUCACCCUGCAGGCCUCGCCACUGCAGAUCCUCGUCAAGGAGGAGGGUCCCCGGGCUGGGUCCUGCUGCGUGAGCCCUGGGGUGCGGGCAGAGCUGGAGGGGCGUGACAAGGACCAGAUGCUGCAGGAGAAGGACAAGCAGAUCGAGGAGCUGACCCGCAUGCUCCGGCAGAAGCAGCAGCUGGUGGAGUGGCUCAGGCUGCAGCUGGAGCAGGAGAAGCGGGCCCAGCAGCCUGCCCCGGCCGCCGCCCCGGCCCCUGCCCCUCUUGGCGUCCCAGUGAAGCAGGAAAACAGCUUCUCCAGCUGCCAGCUGAGCCAGCAGCCCCUGGGCCCUGCUCACCCCUUCAGCCCCAGCCUGGCAGCCCCUGCUGCCCACCACAUAGACACUUGUGCCCUGGCGCCCCCUGCAGUGGUGGUGAAGCAGGAAGCUGUGCUGCCCGAGCCAGAGCCGGCCCCCGCACCCCAGCUGCUUCUGGGCCCACAGGACUCUGGCCUUGUCAAGGGGGUCGCACCUCCCACCAUCAUCACUGACUCCACAGGGACCCACCUCGUCCUCACCGUGACCAAUAAGAACGCAGACAGCCCUGGCCUGGCCAGUGGGAGUCCCCAGCAGCCCUUGUCCCAGCCUGGUUCUCCAGCCCCCGGCCCACCAGCCCAGAUGGACCUGGAGAUCCCACCACAGCCCCGCUUUGGGACCCCCACUUCUCUGCUGAAGAAGGAGCCGCCUGGCUAUGAAGAAGCCGUGAACCAGCAGCCCAGGCAGCAGGUGAAGAAGGAAAAUGGUUCCUCGAGUCAACAGAUGGAUGACCUGUUUGACAUUCUUAUUCAGAGUGGAGAAAUUUCAGCAGAUUUCAAGGAGCCACCAUCCCUGCCAGGGAAAGAGAAGCCUCCCUCGACAGCAGCCUGCGGGUCACCCCUGGCCACACACUCCCCGCCCUCUGCUGAUCUUCCCCAGGCUGCCCUGCCUCCAUCGGCUUCACCUGCCCUCCCUGGGCGCCUGGAGGACUUCUUGGAGAGCAGCACAGGGCUGCCCCUGCUGACCAGUGGACAUGAGGGGCCAGAGCCCCUCUCCCUCAUUGAUGACCUCCAUAGCCAGAUGCUGAGCAGCUCUGCCAUCCUGGACCACCCCCCCUCACCCAUGGACACUUCGGAAUUGCACUUUGCCCCCGAGCCCGGCAGCAUGGGCCUGGACCUGGCUGACGGCCACCUGGACAGCAUGGACUGGCUAGAGUUGUCAUCAGGUGGCCCCGUGCUCAGCCUGGCCCCGCUCAGCACCACGGCCCCCAGCCUCUUCUCCACAGACUUUCUUGACGGCCACGACUUGCAGCUACAUUGGGAUUCCUGCUUGUAGCUUUCAGGUUUGCCAGGGGACUGGAGGGGCUGGAAGUUGGGAGCCUCGGGAACUGUAGGGAGCUCGGCUCUCUCCUGCCUGGUUCAGCCUCUCCGUGCGGUCGUGAGUCCCGACAAUCACAGGCCCUGCUUCCCCCUCCCUGGCUCAGGCUCACUCAAGAGAGAAGCUGCCAAGCAGCAGCUCUGGGUCCACCCCUGGGUUUGAGAGACCUGGACAGGCCAGGGGUGUUCUAUUUGACCUCCUUUUGUGAGGUUGGAGGUAACCUGUCCGGCUGCAGUUUGCUCAGGUGGGCAAGGCAUGAAUCCCUCCCUUCCCUGUGAGGGAAGAAGCAAGCAGGGCCUCGACCUCCCAUUCCCAGUGGGCCGACCCCAGGUUCCUGGGAAGGUGGGGGUUUGGUGGGGGGUGGGGGGAGCUGCCACGUUAACGUCUUGGUGUAGUGUAACCGUUUAGCGGUUGGUAGCAAACGUGUUCUGUACAGGUGUACAUACCUCUAUUAUAUAUCGCCAUACAUAUAUACAUAUAUUUUUGGGGGGGAAGGAGGAUGCAGCUCCCUCCCAUCCUACUGUGCACAUACGGAAUGGCCUGGAGACCACCUCUUCUGGGGUCCCUAGCUCCACCCUUCACGUGCGUUUGACAUGUAGACACCCCAUCACAGCCUGUACCCCACCUGUCCUGCUCCUUAUCAGUGCCACAAGGGCAGAGGUGCUUCCUGGUCCCCUGCCCACAUUCCAUCCGCUGCCUCACUGCAGCCACCACAGCCCUGGGACAGGAGGGGCAUUAGCCACAGAGUGGGGCCAGAGGUAGCCCUCAGGCCAUGGCUCCCUCCUGUGCUGGGGCCCAGCCUCCCUUCUGGCCUGUCAGUGUCACCCACAGGGCCCUGGGCUACUGGGGAGGGAGUCACCAAAACCAGUGCUGGGACAGAAGUGGGGAAGCUGUGUGAACUUUUUAAAAUAAAAACAGAAACCC